GGGAUGUGGACGGGCGCGCGCAUGACCCAUUAUACUGUAUGCGUGCGCGUAGAAACCGCUGGAGGGACACGAGCAGCAGCAGAGAGACUAAAUGAAACGAAUUCACUGAAUCAGAAAGGUGUCCACUACACGGGCGGACCGCAACAUCAGCUCAUGUUCAAAAGGAAGCCUGUCGCGCGCCACAAACCGAGUCAGGCUACGUGGAGAAUGGAGAUCAUUGUGUUUGUCAAAGCCAUUCAUGGAACAAAUCCAUUGAAAUGAAAAGGGAUAGUCAACCAGCCGUCCACCAACUGACUAGAGUUCAAGUGGUUAUGUGGAAGAUCUGAGAUGAGAAAGCUUCUUUCCGUGGCGUGCGGUGCUGAGGCAUGUCUUUAAGAGAGUCGCCUUUCCCCAACUGUUUUUUGGAAGGUCUCCAUGCUGUAGGAUGGGGUCUCAUCUUCCCUUGUUUCUGGUUCCUGGACCGUCUCCUCGCCGUUUGCGUCUCCACCAGUCUGGAGCGCAUGUGGAGGAUCGAACAGGAGUGCUACCUCCACCCGCUUAAGGUCGUCUUUGGCUCCAUCCUGUUCUUCAUCCUGUUUAUAAUUUCUACACCAUUCGCCCUCCUGGGAUUUGUACUAUGGGUGCCGCUCCAGGCCGUACGCCGACCAUUUUCGUACCACCAUCAGGUGCAGAGCAUUCACACGGAGGAUCGUAAUGCUAGAUGGGAGGAGACGAGGAAGGUCAGUUUUGGGUUUCUGACAGGCAACCUGUGCCUUUUGCCCGACGGCGUAGCUCGCUUCAACAACCUCGGGUAUACUCAAAAUCGCGCAUCAUUCAUCGGGAAAAGCAUCGUGCAGGGUGUCACUCGCCCCCACAUUCGUAUUUACGUAGAUUCUCCUAGUAGCUGUGGCACCAUUACACCGUCCAGCAGCCUGAUCCCGCAACCGACCCCGUCCUCAUAUGGAUCUGUAGACUUUUCCAUCACAGGUCAGAAGGACGAGACUGAAGCAGAUGAAACCAAUGGCCCAAACCAGCAGCAGCUUCCCAAACCCAACUGCAACCAGAACUCCAACCAGCACAAGCAUCCGCCUCGUUCCCUAAGAGACGGCGAUGUGCUGAUAGAGGUGUCCUCUUUGUUCCCGUCCUCUGUGGAUAUAGUUUGCCUCCAGGAGGUUUUCGAUAAGAGAGCUGCUCUGAAGCUUGCGCGGGCUCUCGGGCCUCUCUACGGACACGUUCUCUAUGACGUCGGCGUUUACGCCUGUCAGCCUGCUGGAACUUGCUCCUCUUUUAAGUUUUUUAACAGUGGUUUGUUACUGGCCAGUCGCUAUCCCGUGAUGGAGGCUCAGUACCACUGCUUUCCCAACAGCCGAGGAGAGGACGCACUGGCUGCCAAAGGCCUGCUCGCUGUAAAGGUGGAAAUAGGGUUACAAAAAGGUGAAAAGAAAAUGGUUGGGUAUAUUAACUGCACUCAUCUGCACGCUCCUGAAGGGGAUGGAGAGAUACGCUUUGAGCAGCUUAGCAUGUUGACCAAAUGGAUCAGUGAGUUUCAAGCAGUGACCAGACGAGAAGAUGAAAUGGUGAUGUUUGAUGUGCUUUGUGGGGAUUUUAACUUCGAUAACUGCUCUCCUGACGACAGGUUGGAGCAAAGCCAUAGUGUGUUUGAGGAAUACACAGACCCCUGCAGAGCCGGACCUGGGAAAGAGAAGCCCUGGGUCAUUGGAACCCUGUUGGAACAGCCAACGCUCUAUGAUGAGAACAUGAGGAACCCAGAUAACCUGCAGCGAACUUUGGAAAGUGAAGAACUGCGCAAGGACUAUUUAUCUCCACCGGUGCCAGUCAACGGCGUUCCUCUGGUUUAUCCUGAGCCUGAUCAACCCUGGGUGGGUCGACGGAUCGAUUACCUUCUGUAUCGAGAGAGCUCUGUCUCCAGUCACUGCAGAACGGAGGUGGAAGAGUUUACAUACGUGACUCAGCUGGCUGGCCUGACGGAUCACAUUCCUGUGGGCUUUAGACUGUCUGUCUCUCUGGAUUCAGAAGAGAUGUAAAAACAUCAGGCCAUGUGUGCUUUCCAGUGGACCAGACUGCUGACACUUUAAAAUAUCUAUGAUAAAGUAAUGAAUGCUUUAGAAGAAUAGUUCAGCCAAAAAUGAUUAUUCAUUCACCCUCAUGUGGGUUUGGAAUAACAUGAGGGCGACUAAACGAUGAGAGAACCAUUUUGUGAUGAAUUAUUUUUUUUUAAGGAUCAAUAAAAGAGAAGGCCUAUCAUUUUUAAAUGCUUGCCAUGUGAAGAAAACACCAAAUAUCACUAUAUGAUUCACUAUUUGAACAAAGCAAUAGUUCUGACACUCUGUCACUCUUUCCUAUGCAUAUCUUCUCUGUACAGUGCCAGUAAUGUGGAUAGAUAUUACACACAUAGUUUAAUUUCUGUUUUUUUUUUUUUUUAUUACACUUUUUUUCAUGACAACACAGAAAUGAUUUUGGAAAUAUAUUUUAAUAAAAAGGUAGAAUUCUUUUUCAUAA